CUGAUAAUUAUUACGUGAAAUAAGAAAAAAUGUAUGGCAACAAAAAAAUGUAUCACAACAAAGAUUUUACAAGUUUACACCCAAGCAGUUAAAGAUCAAUCUGGGACGAGGAACAGAGAUAUUAAAAUGAAACAGGCGACGGAAUGAGAGGUGGAGCGCUCAGUAGAUAAGCUGGAACAAUACCACCUUUCAUAUGGGACUGACAUCCAACUGAAACAGUCAAAUGAGCCGUCUCUGCUUCCUUUGGAGACUCAUUUAGUGACUACGGAUGACCACGGUGCUGCUCGGUCAGCUCCUGACGGACGGCCCAGGAUGGCGAAGCAGACGAUGGCGGACCUACAGAUGUUGGCGGCAGAUGGAGGUCUGAAGGAGCUGGUGCUGAGGUGGUUCACCGACACGCAGGCGCCGCUCAUCCUGCAGAACGGAAACUUCCCUGACUGGUUCCAGGGCCUCGCUGCCAGAAAGGAAGCAGAAGAUGUGCUGAGAGAUAAAGCUCUGGGCUGCUUCCUCAUCCGCCUCAGUGAUAAAGCCAUCGGCUACAUCCUGUCCUACAAAGGUCAAGACAGGUGUCGGCAUUUUGUCAUUUCCCAAAAUGCUGAAGGGCAGUUUGUGAUAGCAGGAGACUGUCAGCUGUUUGGCAGUCUGACCCAGCUGAUCGAGCAUUACAAGGUCCGGCCCAUCCAGCCGUUUGGGGAGUUCCUCACCUCCAGCUGCUGCCAGGACGAUGCUGAUGAUCUGUAUGAUGUGGUCAAUGCCAAGAAGAGUUCAGGUGUCAGUGUUCAAGCUCUGCGGUCCAUCUGGGACCAAGUCGAACCUGACAAGAAAAAAAAGGUUGAGCAGCGUCAAAAUGAAUCUCCUCCAGCACUGGCGCCUUCCCUUCCUCCCAAAUCCAGAAACAGGAAGCUGACGGGAACCGUAUCCGUGGAUGCAUCGUCUCUUUCACAGGCCCUUCCUCCGGUACCAAAAAGAGGAAUGCCUUUGGGUUUUUCCCUGAGUGGAUCUCUACCAGACACAAUGUCCCAUCCCAGUGAAAUGCCAACCAACCCAAACAGGGCGCAGACACACAGAGGAAGGACAACUCCGCCGUUGCCCGCUAACAGAGACUCGUUCCACCCAACAGACUCAAACAAUUCAAGUGAAUUUUACAAAGAAAUGGUGCCGGUUGCUGAUCUGAGCCAGGUGGAGAGCCGGAGCCAAUCCCUGCCGUAUCUGGGCAACAACGACGACGAGGAGAAGGAGGAGGAAGAGAAAUACUCCAACAAGUUUAACAGCCUCUCUGUCACAGCGUCCGCCCCGCCAAAGAAGGUCACCUGCCUCACGUACUCCUACCACACUCCAGGUGUGACUCAGAGCAGCUCCGGGUCAGAACCAGAGAACGGCAGCCAGGACCAGCUGAGACCCAACCCUCUGUACCAAUCCUCCGAGGCCGCCGCAGGAAGUCCAGCCCAGCAGGCAGACAGCAUGUACGCCGAGGUCCCCGAGGGCCCGACGCGGACCGCCGACGACACGUACGAGCAGAUCCCCAGAGACGGCGCCGGCCACAGCAACACGUACGAGUCGGUGGAGGACGUGAAGAACAAAAAACCCAAAAGCACUUGGGGGAAAAAUAACAUUAACUGGAAGAAAUUUUUCCCUGAUAACAAGAAGAAAUGAAUGAUGCGUCCCUGAAGUUCGUUCUGGAUCUUCUGCUUCUCUAACCUCUGCUGUCUCGACUCUGGAGUGUUCGGGUUUCCUGGUUAAUAUAACAGCCAUUUCCUCAGUUCAACUUCAGUAGCUGCAUUUCCAUUAAUUGUAUAAUUGCACAAUUUGACAUUUUCAAGAUAAAUUUGCUUUAUGAAAUUUAGAAAAAAAAUCAUUUUUGAUAAAAACUUUUGGCGCUACGAUGAAGUGGUUUAUUUGGCUGCAGCAGAAGAACUUUUUUGCGUCACACGGGUCACAUGAUCAACAACCGGAUGUUGCCACUGACGCAAACCACGAAGAAGAAAAAGACAGGAAGUAGUUGAAGGCUGAUUUAAUGACUUAAACUUAAUCACGUCUGAUUUUAAUUGUGUUUUUAAUCAAUGAAAACUCUGCUAUUGUAAUUGUGUUUUUUUUAAUUAAUGAAUUAUUGACAAAGUUUUGUGAAAAGUUUUGUAAUAGAAACACAGAUGGUGACCUGGCUUCCCACCCGGUUCCUAAUCAACAGUAACCAGUCAGAUCUUCCUUUUCUCAUCCUGUAUUUCUGUUUUUCUCCUGUUGAUAGUUUAUGAUUCAGUUAGUUUAUGACUCCUGGACUUUACUGUUUGGUUUUUCUUAUUUUAAAUUGUGUAAAUUAAUUGUAAACCA